AUGGGGGGAUCCGCCGGCCAGCCGGGCCUGCAAGCGGGUCGGAAGCGCAGUCGGGGAGUAGCCACGAGCAAGGGCUCGAGCGGCUUGCUUGGAUCGAUAGGGGCACGUGUGCGCCACUCCCCUUCCACGUCACUGGUGGUCAGCCGGCCGUGGGGCAAGGAGUGGUCGUACACGCGAGAGGACUUUGCCUAGAAAGCUAACUUUACUAUAUAUUCGCCCGAAUAAUCCGCGCACAACCAAUGUGGGACUAAAUCCACCUUGUAAGGCGCGGGCAACCGCCGCGGGUUCGAAUCCUCCCAGAGUCAAAAUUCAUAUAUUUUUAACUGAUUAUCGCGACUUUCCUGCAGAUCGCCGGUGAAGGAUUAAGCAACCGGAAUCGCUGGAUCAUCGGCGAAAAUCUCGUCAACGCGAUUCGCGGAGCAUUGCUACUAAAAUUUCUGAACGAUUCGCGAUAAAAGGAUUGCAAUCCAUCGAGUAAAUCAUCUCCGAUUGAUCGACGAACAAGCCGUCGUCGGGAAGAGGACGAUCCGCCGGGAGACCAGUCGCCACCUCCUAAGAGCGUACCAGAUGCGAUGAAGAGCCUCCUCUUGCUGCGCGGACCUGAGGAUGAAGCUCUCUAACAUGCGCCUCACCUCCAUCCAGCCCCUCUCUGUCGGGUGACAGCCGCCGGAGAGCCGCAAAGUCGCUGUUUUUCCGCUCCGCCGGGUGACAGCCGCCGGAGACGAUUCGACGACCCACUUCAUUGGUCUCUAGACUUCACGAGAAGAUCUAGAGAUUGCCCACAUCGUCUUUGUCCAAGGAGAGCCUUCAAGGCCGUGGACACUGCACGACGACCCUCCCGAACGCUCAGGAUUCCGGUGCAUCGCCGAUGCGUCGCCGUCGCGACGCCGGAACUCUGUUUUCCUGCUUUAUCUAGAGAUUGCCCACGUCGUCUUUGUCCAAGGAGAGCCUUCGAGGCCGUGGACACUGCACGACGACCCUCCCGAACGCUCAGGAUUCCGGUGCAUCGCCGACGCGUCACCGUCGCGACGCCGGAACUCUGUUUUCCUGCUUUAUCUAGAGAUUGCCCACGUCGUCUUUGUCCAAGGAGAGCCUUCGAGGCCGUGGACACUGCACGACGAUCCUCCCGAACGCUCAGGAUUCCGGUGCAUUGUCGACGCAUCACCGUCGCGACGCCGGAACUCUGUUUUCCUGCUUUCAAUUUAAUUUACGCUUCAUUUAGUGAUACUUUGUUGAUUUUUAUUUACUAAACUAUACUUCGUUCAAUUACGAUUCUUCCGGCUUUUACAGAUCUUAAUUUGAUUAAUUGAGUCGUCUAUAAUCGCCUACGUAAGAAUCGUCGGGCGGAACUCUGUUUCCGCCUGAUUCGCAUUCGCCGGGCGCUGACGUCAUCCUGACGUCCGCACCCUUAUUUCCUUUUUUUUUGUGAAUUUUAAAUAUAUUUCCUUUUUAUUUCCUAGUAUAAAAUUUGUAAGAAAAUCGUACUCAUUGAGAAAAAUUCUGAAUAAUUACCGGAUAUUAUAUUACAUCCCUGUGAUCGACCUGGAAAAUUACCACUAUUUUUGAAAGUUUUAUUGAAUUAUAAUUGAUAUAUUUAUUUUGAAAUACUUCUAAAUAUCCGAAAAUUCGUAUUUUCUAGUUUUAUAAAUUUUAAAUUUGCGUGAUUUAAUAUACAACGACUGAGUCACGUCAAAUUUUGGCGCCGUUGCCGGGGAUGUAUUGAAUAAUAUUUAGUAUUUUUCUGUUUUUCUCUUAUAGUACACAAAAAAAAAACUUUACUCUUGUUUUAUUUUCUUUUUGCCGAUUUUAUUAGAAAAAGGGAACGAAAAGAAGCACGGCAAGGACUGGAGCAUCCUGAAGGAGGGUAAUAGUUACUAACUUUUUCCGUCGAAUUUAUUGAUUUUUAUGCAUAGUAGAAGAUCCUUGCAUCCAAGGCUAGAAAAUUCUUUCAUUAUUUCAUUCAAAAAUAAAAAUCCGAAAGAAAAAUUAAUUUUGAUGGAUCCUGAAGGAAGUACAGGUCAAACUGAGAACAAUCCUAUGGCCAUGAAAAAUCAUUAUAUCCUUGAUUCAUUUCAAAGAGCAUCUAAUAUUAGAGUCCCAUUAGCACCCACUGUUAAAUUCGAAAUAAAUCCAGGAAUUUUUCAAAUGCUCCCUAAUUUUCAUGGAUUGCCUUUAGAGGAACCUCAUCAGCACUUAGAAAAAUUUCAUAUGUCUGUGAUUUAGUUAAUCUCCCUCAAGUUACACCAGAAAUUAUUAAGAUGAAAUUAUUCCCUCAUACACUUAGGGACAAAGCUAGUCAUUGGCUAUCCACAUUGGAUAGAGAAUUAACUAGCUGAAAAGAUAUAGAAUAGGCCUUUCUUCGAAAAUUUUAUCCCUUAGGAAAAACUCAAAAUAUGAGAAAACAUAUAUAGAGUUUUUCUCAAAGACCAGGAGAAACUUUGCAUGAGACAUGGGAAAAAUUCAAAGAUUUACUUAGAAAGUGUCCUCAUCAUGCUAUACCCAAGUGGCAGCUCAAUAGAAUUUUUUAUGAUGGAUUACUAGAACAACAUAGAAAUAUGGUUGAUUCUAUAUGUGGAGGAGCUUUUAUGGAGAAAACUCUUGAUGAGAUUUACAGUCUUUAUGAGAAUUUAAGUGAAAAUUCUAGAGAUCAAGCCUCUUUUGAAUUAUAUGACAAGGAAAUGAAGAGAGAAAUUUAUGAAUUGCAUCAUGAUGAUAAUUCUAAACUUAGAAAUGAGGUUAAUCAGAUUAAUCAAAGAUUAGAAAAACUUGAUUUACUUAUUGACAAUAUUAGAAAGCCUUUUAACCCUCAAUUUAAUUCAAAUAUUACAUGUCCUACGUAUGGUGAAAAUGAUCAUUUCGAAUUUCAAUAUCAUCCUAGGCAAGAACAAGUGCAAGUACCUCACGAUUUUAGUAAAAAUUGGGAAUAUUUUUCUAAUUCUUAUAAUCCUAAUUGGGGGAAUAAUUUUUCGUGGAGAAACCCAAAUAAUAUUCAAAAUCUAGAAGCACUUAGACCUAAUUCAAACUCUGAAUUUCGUCCAAAACAAGAAAAUAGAUUUCAGAAAAAUCAGCCCUCUCAAACCCAACCUGAUGCUAUGGAAAUGAUGCAACAAAUGAGCCAAAUGAUGCAACAAACUAUGAAUCAAAUGAUGUUUCAUCAGAAACAAAUUAUAGAGGCUCUUGAGAAUAAGAGAGAAGAGGGACAGCUACCUUGUCAGCCCAUAGAAAAUUCAGAAAACUGUCCAACAGUAAGAUUUCAGCAAGAAGAGUCUAGCUGGAUAAAUUUAGAAAAAAACCCAUGAAAUGAAAAUUUUAGGACAGUGAAUACAUUGAGUGAGAAUAUUUUACCUGAUCCUUAUUUCCAAUUAUUAGAAGAAAUUGAUGAUCCAUUAGAAGUAAAUGAGAAUAUUAAGGGCAAAAAUAUAGUAGCAGAAAAUUUGAAUAAAAUCAUUUAUUGCUCACAAUUGAUGAAUGAAUAUAGUGAGGAUGAUGAGGAGAAAGAACCCUUAGAUGAAGAAACAACAACUGAUCAUAGAAAAAUCGUCCAAAUUUUAGUAGAAGGGAGUAAGGACAGAAAUGAAGAAAAAUAUAUUUCAGGUGAGGAAAAAUCAAUUGAUUUGGGAGAUGUAGGAGACGAAAUUAAUGAAUCUAAUCAUAAUUUUGCAGCCAUGGAUGUUGAUUGUGAGGAUGAUGAUGUAUAUCAUAUACCAAAAUUACAAGAUAGCUCUUGGGAAGAUGAAGAAUUUGAUGAGUUGAGAAACGAAAAGUUAGAAAAAGAAUUGAUUCAACUAAUGGGAACAAGCGAAAAUAAUAGAUAUGAAUAUAGAGAUAAUUUUGGAGGAGAAAAUUUGAAUUUUACUGAAUUCAUUAGAUCUGAGAUUAAAGAAGACAAUCCUUCCAUCGUUCAAAACCCACAGCCCAUUAGAAUUAUUUCUAAGCAUGAAAUAUUUCACUCCUCACAAAUUGAACAAAUAUGUAUGGAAGAUAAAAUGGAGCAGGGGAAGAUUAUGCAGAUAAAAGAAGAAAUUAAGAAAUGGGUGAGUGGAAGAAUUAGAAAUACCAAUUUAGAUGAAAAAAUUUUAGAUUGGGCAAAAGCUAAUUUGAAAAUUAUAUGGCCUGAUCACAUUUUAUGGUUUAUUAAUAGAAAGUAUUUAUUAAUGAAUGAGAGCCUAACAAAACAAGAUAGAAACAAGGAAAGAUUCUUUUCAAAAUGGAAAUAUUAUUUUUGGGAAAAUUUUUUUAAUUUCCAUUUUGUUUUGGCUGAAAGUAUGUCAAGGUAUAUAUAUGAAGUAUAUGAAUUUAUGCUAAAUCUGAAAAAGAAUAUCAUAAAACGUACCUUGGGAUACAAAUACAUUUUGAUGGCCAUAGAUCAGCUUAUAUGAUAUAAGAGCUGUCCAGCUGGAGACAUUAAAUUCAGCGCUGCAUGGGAGGCAACCCAUGGUUUUUAUUUCAUUCUGUUUGAUUUUUUUUAAGCUCUGUUUUUCUUAGAAUUUCGCAGUACUUGUUUCUGUAUUUGUUUUUUCGAAGAAGUGCAGGAGGAGGUGUGUAAGAUGAAGUGGAAAAUUAAAAACGAGGUUGAGGUGAUGUCUUUCUGAGCUUCAUCAUUUAUGAAAAUAUUUUUAAUGCUUAACUUUGCAGAUAUGCAUGCUUCACUUGAAAAUUAUAUUUUCUGCAUAUUCUGUUUCGAGUUUUCUGUGUCAUUGAGGACAAUGUCAUUUUUAAGUUGGGGGGUGAAGUAUUCAUUAUUAAUUUAUGCUGUAGGACGAUUAAGAACAUGUGUUUGCAUUUUAUUCAACUUAGAACAGCAACUAAAAAAAUAAAAAUAAAAUAAAAUUCGGAAAAAUUGCAACAUCUAUUUUCUGGUUUUCUGUCAGAAACAACAGACUGUCAAAAACAGCAGACAAAAAACAGCCCGAAAUUUGAAAUUCUAGAAGACCCUUUUCUCACAUUUCAAUCCCCUAGACAUAUAUUAUUGAAAUUCGAAAUUACAGCUAUAAAGAAGAUAGUUUUGAUUUAUUUUUGACAAAUUUAUUGCUGCUAAAAUAGAACUGAAAACAGAAAACAGAACUGUCAGAACUAUCUAAUUUACAAAUUCCUUACAUCAUAUUGCAUGCAUGAAAAAUUAAAUCAAUUAGAUUGAUUGAUAUCAAAAGAUACUAGGAAGAUUAUUAUUGAGUCAAAAGAAUGAUCUAGUAGCAUGAAAUGUUGGAAUACUCCUUGGACACAUGAUAGAUAACAUGGAUUUGAUUUUACAGAUUUUCACUUCAUGAUCUUGAUGGAUAAUAUUUACUUGAUGUGAAAAUUUGAUUGAUCAUUUGAGUUUAAUGGAGAUUUUUGCACCCUAAUCUAUAGGACUUGUGAGGAGAAAUCACUUAUUUCAAAAAAAAAAAAAGAAAAAAAAAAAGAGAGAGCAAUGUGAAAAAUCUAGAAACGAAGAGUACACAUGGAGGGUGUGAGACAUCAUUCUCAUUGUCGAAAAUCGUGCAUAGAAAAACACUUGCUGAAAAAUAAGUGGAUAAAGUGAAAGCCCUGAAAAUGAAGAGUACACAUGGAGGGUGUGAGACAUCAUUCUUAUUGUCGAAAUUUGUCUACAGGAAAAGCUACUUAUCCACUAUAUAUAUAAAAAAAAAAAAAGAAGGAAGAAAUAUAGUACAAACUUCAAAAAUCAAGUCAUAGAAAAAGGGAAAUGUAAGAUCUAUAUUAUUCUUGGAUGAGUAUUGAUAAUUGGAACAUCUUGUAAAUACAUCUAUGAGUGAAGAAGUGAUAAAGAUGUGAAUAGAAGAAGUGAAGUCUAGAUUGUUAUUUCAAGGAGUGUUUAAACAUUUAAGUGCUUGACAUCAUUCUUAAAUACUUGAUAUAAGAAUCUAAAGUGUUUAAAGGUGCAUCAUUUCUAAUUGUAUUUCUUUUCUUUAUUGAAAUAUGAUGUUUGAGAUUUGUAAAUUUUUAUUUUCGUAAUUCCAUUGCUAAGGGACUAGCAAUGAUUUAAGUUGGGGGGUGUGAUAAGUCUUCAUUAUCAUGAGUUAAUAAUUAGUAAAUAAUAUAGUUUUAGCCUUAACUCAUGAUAAAUAGACUUAUAUUUGUGUUAAAGCAUGAAAAGUGGUUUUCAGUUGAUUAACGUGAAUUUUUGGGUAAUUAUGUGAUUUUAUACAAUUUUUACAGUCAGUUUUGAGAUAAAUGAAGAACAAGAAAUAAAAAUAAAAAUAUUGCAAAAUGGGGGGAUCCGCCGGCCAGCCGGGCCCGCAAGCGGGAUGGAAGCGCAGUUGGGGAGUAGCCGCGAGCAGGGGCUCGAGCGGCUUGCUUGGAUCGAUAGGGGCACGUGUGCGCCACUCCCCUUCCACAUCACCGGUGGUCAGCCGGCUGUGGGGCAAGGAGUGGUCGUACACACGAGAAGACUUUGCCUAGAGAGCUAACUUUACUAUAUAUUCGCCCGAAUAAUCCGCGCACAACCGAUGUGGGACUAAAUCCACCUUGUAAGGGGCGGGCGACCGCCGCGAGUUCAAAUCCUCCCAGAGUCAAAAUUCAUAUAUUUUUAACUGAUUAUCGCGACUUUCCUGCAGAUCGUCAGUGAAGGAUUAAGCAACUGGAAUUGCUGGAUCAUCGGCGAAAAUCUCGUCAACGUGAUUCACGGAGCAUUGCUACUAAAAUUUCUGAACGAUUCGCGAUAAAAGGAUCGCAAUCCAUCGAGUAAAUCAUCUCCGAUUGAUCGACGAACAAGCCGUCGUCGGGAAGAGGACGAUCCGCCGGGAGACCAGUCGCCACCUCCUGAGAGCGUACCAGAUGCGAUGAAGAGCCUCCUCUUGCUGCGCGGACCUGAGGAUGAAGCUCCCUAACACACGCCUCACCUCCAUCCAGCCCCUCUCUGUCGGGUGACAGCCGCCGGAGAGCCGCAAAGUCGCCGUUUUUCCGCUCCGCCGGGUGACAGCCGCCGGAGACGAUUUGACAACCCACUUCAUUGGUCUCUAGACUUCGCGAGAAGAUCUAAAGAUUGCCCACGUCGUCUUUGUCCAAGGAGAGCCUUCGAGGCCGUGGACACUGCACGACGACCCUCCCGAACGCUCAGGAUUCCGGUGCAUCGCCGAUGCGUCGCCGUCGCGACGCCGGAACUCUGUUUUCCUGCUUUAUCUAGAGAUUGCCCACGUCGUCUUUGUCCAAGGAGAGCCUUCGAGGCCGUGGACACUGCACAACAAUCCUCCCGAACGCUCAGGAUUCCGGUGCAUCGCCGACGCAUCGCCGUUGCGACGCCGGAACUCUAUUUUCCUGCUUUCAAUUUAAUUUACGCUUCAUUUAGUGAUACUUUGUUGAUUUUUAUUUACCAAACUAUACUUCGUUCAACUACGAUUCUUCUGGCUUUUACAGAUCUUAAUUUGAUUAAUUGAGUCGUCUGUAAUCGCCUACGUAAGAAUCGCCGGGCGGAACUGUGUUUCCGCCUGAUUCGCGUUCGCCGGGCGCUGACGUCAUACUGACGUCCGCACCCUUAUUUCCUUUUUUUUCGUGAAUUUUAAAUAUAUUUCCUUUUUAUUUCCUAGUAUAAAAUUCGUAAGAAAAUCGUACUCAUUGAGAAAAAUUCUGAAUAAUUACCAGAUAUUAUAUUACAUCCCUGUGAUCGACCUAGAAAAUUACCACUAUUUUUGGGAUUUUUAUUGAAUUAUAAUUGAUAUAUUUAUUUUGAAAUACUUCUAAAUAUCCGAAAAUUCGUAUUUUCUAGUUUUAUAAAUUUUAAAUUUGCGUGAUUUAAUAUACAACGACUGAGUCACGUCAGUACACUCUCAGGAGGUGGCGACUCAUCGCUCGGCAGAUCAUCCUCUUCCCGACGACGACUUGUUCCUCAAUCAAUCGGAAAUGAUUUACUCGAUAGAUUCACGAUCCUUUUAUCGUGAAUCGUUUAGCAAUUUUAGUAGCAAUGCUCCGCGAAUCGCAUUGACAAGAUUUUCACUGAGGAUCCAACGAUUCUCAUUGCUUAAUCCUUCAUCAGCGAUAUGCAAGAAAGUCAUGAUAAUUAGAUAAAAAUAUAUGAAUUUUGACUCUAUGAGGAUUCAAACCCACGCCAGUCGCCCGCCUCUUUUGAGGAAAGUGUGACGUGGGUUUAGUCCCACAUCGGUUGUGUGCCAAUUUUUCGUGCAAAUAUAUAGUAAUGUUAGCUUUCUCAACAAAGUCCCUUCUCUCGCAUGUAUGACCACUCCUUGCCCCAAAGCCAGCUGGCCACUGGUGACGUGGAAGGGGAGUGACGCACACGUGUGCCCCUAUUGGUCCAAGCCAAGCCGCUUGAGCCCCUACUUGCGACUACUCCCCAACUGCACUUCUGACCUGCUUGCGGGUCUGGCUGGCUAGCGGGUCCCCCUAUUUUGCAAUAUUUUUAUUUUUAUUUCUUAUUCUUCAUUUAUCUCAAAAAUAAGAUUGUAAAAAUCAUAUAAAAUCACAUAAUUACCCAAAAAUUCACGUUAAUCAAUUGAAAAUCACUUUUCACACUUCAACAUAAAUAUAAGUCUAUUUAUCAUGAGUUAAGGCUAAAACUAUAUUAUUUAAUAAUUAUUAACUCAUGAUAAUGAAGACUUAUCAAUACUUAUGAUCACCGCGAGCUAGUCUACCCUACUUGUAGGGACGAUCUCCCACACCCACCACCACCACCACCACCCCGACCCUACUAUGAGGACUAUCAACCCCACGGAUGCGACUAGGGACAUGACAGGAGAGACCUUUCGGAUUACAGAGCUGACCCUUCCAAACGAGAGGAGCUCGAUCGACAAGCAGAGCAUCAACCACAAGAUCGUGAUGAUUACUACUGCGACUACCAGCGUGCUCCGGACUUUCACCGAGCACCCUAGGACACCCACUAGGAUCGUUACUACGAUCAAGGGCGUUACCCGAGUCCUUCCCACCGUGACUUUGGUGGUGACCAUAGGGCCGAUUGAUUGGAUGAUUGGGACAAGCGACAUGAGGAUCACAGGGCCCACAUAUUGAAAAGUGUGUGCGUCGAUGUGGCAGUCUUUGAUGGCUCUCGUGAGCCCAAGGGCUUCAUAGAUUGGGAGUCUAGUAUGAACUCCUAUUUCUAGUGGUACCACAUGGAUGAUGAUUUAUGCGUAGAGCAUAUAGAGUGACCCGCCGAGGACAUAUAGUUCGCCCCACCUCCGACCAUCACAAAGAUCAUGUCCACAUGAUCUGCACUGACACCGAUGACAGCACCGACGCAUACUAGCAUAGGGAACAGACGGACUACACCGGCGACAUCAGUAGGGUCUACACCACCCUUGUGUCCAACACCAGCCGACACAUCUGACCGUGCCACGACCGCGUCCCAAGCCCAUAUCACUUGUUUCAAGUGUAAGGGUAAGGGGCACUGUAUGAGCCAAUGCCCAUCUUCGAAUCUCCUCAUAGAGAUUGAAGAAUUGGGUAGUAGUUCACAUAAGGAUGCCGUCUUUGUAGGCGAUAAUGUCUACAUUGGUGACGAGGGUUUGGCUGAGGAGUGUGAUGACACACUUGAUUUGACUAGCUAUAUUCAGAUUUGGCCAGCCACUGUACCAACAGCUGAGGCUGCCUCUCUCGUUGCCUCAUCGACGAGCACUUCAUCAAGGGGAUUGCUCAACAUUGCUGUCCAACGUCCAUCUUGAGAUGCAGUUCCUACACCACAGCCAGACACCACGGCAGCUAGAGAGAUCACCCCAACACCGAGGACGACUAUGCCCACAUCUUUGUCUAUGACAAACGAUUCUCUUCGCAUGUCAAUCUUUUACACCUAUGUGAAGAAGAACAGACACGCGUGCAAGGUGAUCAUGGACAUCAGUUGUUGUGUUAGUACUAUGUCAAACCAGGUCUUGCAGAGGAAAAGGCCUAGUACUUUUAGUCAUCCAGCCCCUUACGACAUAUGAUGGAUAGAUGCCACCGCACUACCCAUUCGUCGACAGUGCCAAGUGCCACUUAGGGUACAAGCACUCUCGGAGGGUCCAUCCUGAGAUCAUAAGGACUUCCUUGUGGUCAACGGAUGUAUGUUCUUUAGGGGCAGACUGUGCAUUCCACACACAUCCCUCUAUGACUUCCUCACUUGGGAAUGUCAUGCAAGAGGUCUAUCUAGCCAAUUCGGUCACGAUAAGACCAUCAUAGCGGUCGAGUAUCAGUUCUACUGGUCGACCCUCAAGCGUGAUGUAGGGAACAUCGUUGCUCAAUGUUGAGUGUGCGCAAUCGCCAAGCAGGUAAAGAAGAAUGUUGGACUCUACACGCCACUUCCAGUGCCGACCCGCCCAUGGGAGGACAUCAGCAUAGACUUCAUUUUGGGACUCUCGCACACUACACGAUGACAUGACUUGAUCAUGGUGGUCAUCGAUAGGUUUUCAAAGAUGGCACACUUCGUGUCAUGUUUGAAAACCUCCGACGACUCCAAGGUCGCUAGCCUCUACUUUAGAGAGAUUGUGCACCUUCAUAGUCUACUGACGUGACUCAGUCGUUGUAUAUUAAAUCACGCAAAUAUAAAAUUUAUAAAACUAGAAAAUACGAAUUUUCGGAUAUUUAGAAGUAUUUCAAAAUAAAUAUAUCAAUUAUAAUUCAAUAAAAAUCCCAAAAAUAGUGGUAAUUUUCCAGGUCGAUCAUAGGGAUGUAAUAUAAUAUCUGGUAAUUAUUCAGAAUUUUUCUCAAUGAGUACGAUUUUCUUACGAAUUUUAUACUAGGAAAUAAAAAAGAAAUAUAUUUAAAAUUCACAAAAAAAAAAGAGGAAAUAAGGGUGCGGACGUCAGGAUGACGUCAGCGCCCGGCGAACGCGAAUCAGGCGGAAACAGAGUUCCGCCCGGUGAUUCUUACGUAGGCGAUUACAGACGACUCAAUUAAUCAAAUUAAGAUCUGUAAAAGCCGGAAGAAUCGUAGUUGAACGAAGUAUAGUUUGGUAAAUAAAAAUCAACAAAGUAUCACUAAAUGAAGCGUAAAUAAAAUUGAAAGCAGGAAAACAGAGUUCCGGCGUCGCGACGGCGAUGCGUCGGCGAUGCACCGGAAUCCUGAGCGUUCGGGAGGAUCGUCGUGCAGUGUCCACGGCCUCGAAGGCUCUCCUUGGACAAAGACGACGUGGGCAAUCUCUAG